AUUAUAAACUUUUACAGAAAGUAAUAAUAAAAAAUACUGGUGAAAAAUAUAAAAGCUUUGUUAUAUUGUUAUAUAAUAGAUAUUGGUCACCAACACCGAUAUAUCAUUUUAUAUUUUAUUGUAGUUUUCAAACAGAAUUUAACAAAUGUGUUUGGAAAUUUAAAUACAAACCAAAAAGUAUCUUCCAAAAAAUAAUGUACAUAAUAAUUUGUGUAAUAUUGUUUCGAGUUUUGUAACAAUCAAUUUUUUGUAAUAUAAACAAAAAUAAGCAUCUAAUGAAAUAAGUCCUAAAAUUGACACAUUAGACAGCAAUGCUAUAUUAAUGAUUAAUAUUAUUAAUAUUAUAUAAUAACGUACUCGCAAUUGCUUAAACUACAAAAUUUGCAAAAAGAAAUCAUGUAAAUCUUAUUCUUACUUUUGAAGAAAUCGUUUUUAGCCAAUUUUAUAUUUAAAAAAUUUAUGAAUGUGAAUACAGAUUGUACUUCUUUAAUUAUUUAAGCACUGUGUUUUCAUUAUUAUUAAUAAAAUACAAUGUUUAAUUUUCGAGAAAUAAAGAGUCUCUUUAGGAGAUCUAUAUAUCAUUCUUGAUGACUUUCCUCUACAUAUAUUGUAUUUGUAUUGUACUUGUAUUUCUUACUUUUCUCACUAAUUUUUUCUUGUAAGAAAUAUUUUAAAAUAAAAUUAGUGUAAAAAAUAAUGAAGCGAUAAAUAAAGAUAAAAAUAAAGAUAAAAAUGUUAGAAGAAUUAAAAGUUUAAAUUGAGUCAGGUCAAAUUAUAUUCAGUAUCCAAUUCAGAUUCAAAUAACUAGUUAUUAUCAAAUUAUUACCGAAUCCUUAUUCAAAGUUGUUUAACUGAGAUUGGACAAUUCGGUAAAAUCCAAAAUAAACCCCAAUUAUCUAAUUACAGUUUUAAAAAAUUUCCACACUUUUAAAUAAACGUAAUAUUUUAAAUCUGUCCAAUUAAAUACGAUAGAAAAUUUUUGAAGCUUUAAGCUGUUUGUCUCUAAAUUCAAAUAUUGUAAACAUUUUUUUUAUUUAAAAAUAAUUGCACAGAAAAAUUACAUCAUUUUGUUUAUUUUAUUUUAUUAUUAAUAACAGGUAAAAGAAUUAAUGCAACAAAUUGAAAAUGAUUGGAAUACUUUGAAAGAUAAUAACGAGCUUCAAAUAAUAUUUCGAUAUGCAAAAGCGGCAAAGCUACUCACUACAAGUUUAGCAACCUUGAUUUAUCUAAGUAUAUUUGUAGUUAUUUGUAAUCAACAUGUGCCAAGUUUUUUUGGUAUUAAAGCACCAUUAAACAGAUCUCAGCAAAACGAAUUAUUAUUUCAAGUUGAAUAUUUUCUCGAUUGUGAUAAAUAUUAUCACACGAUUCAAUUACACUUAGAUAUAGGGCUUAUCAUUGCAGCAAUGACAAUCUUAUCGACUGAAUCAUUUUGUUUAAUACUUGCUAUACACGCAUUUGGACUGUUUAAAAUAGCUAGUUAUCGUAUGGAACAUAUAAUCGAUAAAAGUGUGCCGAAUGCAUUUAUGGAAAAACAUUGCGUCUGUCAGGAUAAUAUAGUAACUGCUGUAAAUAGUCACAGGAGAGCAAUCGAAUUUUCCGAAAUUGUCAAAUCAACUUUUGCAAUACCUUAUUUAGCUGUAAUAUUACUUGGAGUGACUUCAUCGAGCGUAAAUCUAUUUCUGUUGUUUCAAGUCAUAAUGUCGGCGAGCACAAUAGAUGAUUUAAUAAGGUCUGUCAUAUAUGUCUUUUGUCUUUUCGUCUAUAUGUUCUUGACUAAUUUUGCUGGACAGAAGUUUAUAGAUUACGACGUUGAUGUCUACAAAAAGAUAUGCAGCAUACAAUGGUACAAUGCGCCAUUGAAGACACAAAAACAAAUACUAUUUAUCAUGCAGAAAGCCAUAAAAAAUUAUCACAUGGAUGUCGGUGGUUUAUACAGUCCAUCAUUGGAAGGUUUCACAGCGCUUAUGAGUGCGUCACUCUCUUAUUUUACUGUACUCUGUUCAGUACGAAGUAGUAAUAAUUUAUCACAAUAAUAUACUUACUAAGGUAGCGAAUUUCUGUACUGUUUUAAAACAAGUGUUGAGAUAGUAAAGGAUAAUGUUAUAUCUUAUGUGGCUUAGUUUUUUUAUUAUAUCUGUCUAACAUACGUAUCUAUUUAUUUUUGCGUAUAAUGCUAUGAUAUUUAUUCUUUAAUGGCAUGUACAAGGUGUUCUAAAACAUACGGGUCAACGCUCGUAAUAAGGUAGAAGGAAUCGAGAUGAACAAAAAAGUCUUCUACCAUUUUGCGAAUGUUGACCCACAUGUUUUACAACACUCUGUAUAUUAAAUUCUAUUUAUUUUACAUCCUUUUUAUUAUA